AUGAAGAGUACCCUCCUCCCGCGGGGCCUCCUCGCCCUCACGACCCUCACUCUCCAAGCCUCCGCAACCUUCCUCUACGCAGCCUCCUACUCGGGCGACGUGACGACUCUCAACCUCACCCUCGCCGAGCCCACACCGUCCCGCGCCCGCUGCAACGGAGCCACCAAGCCUCCCGCGAAUGGCACCCUCGUCGAAGUGAGCUCCACAAAUGGGUGUGCAGGCAGUCCUGCGUGGUUGGAGCUCGACUACGAUAACGCGCUGCUGUAUUGCUCCGACGAGGGGCUGACCAAGGCGACGGGGUCCAUGUCGUCUUUUAGGACAACGGAUGAUGGGGAGUUGAUUCUUUUGAAUAAGAUUAAUACGAAGCAGGGACCUGUGAGUUCUGUGCUUUAUGGAAAGGGCGGAUUGGCUGUUGCGCAUUACGCCGGCUCAAUGCUCAACCUCAUCAACGUCACAGACCCCGAAUCCCUCACCCCCUUCCAAAACCUAACCUUCACCCUCGACGGUCCCGGCCCCAACAAAGGCCGCCAGGACGCUCCCCACCCGCACCAGACCGUGCUCGACCCCACGGGCAAGUUCAUCCUCGUGCCCGACCUGGGCGCCGACCUCGUGCGCGUCUUCGCCAUCUCCGACGAGGACGGACUGACCGUCACGGCGGGCGAGCCGCUCGUCGCCGCGGCAGGGAGCGGACCGCGUCAUAUAUCGUUCGCUGAGAAGAAGGACGGGUCGUUCGUUAUGUAUUUGAUCUCUGAGCUUUCGAAUACCAUUACGGCGUAUAACGUUGUUUACGGUGAGGAGGAGGGGGAAGAGGGGAUUUCGUUUGAGGAGGUGUUUGUGAUUCCUACGCAUGGCGAGGGGGAGGAAGUCCCCAAGACUGCUGGCGCCGCCGAGAUUCUCGUCUCUCCCGACGGCAAGUUCCUCACCAUCUCCUCCCGCAUGGAAGACGCCUUCACGAUCCCCAACCCCACCCCUUCCGAAGACGACGAAGACUCCCCCGCCGAGAUCCCCUCCGACACCCUCGUCACCUUCUCCAUCGAUUCCUCCUCUGGCGCCCUGACCCUCGUUCAAAAGGCUCCGGCGGGUGGUCGCGGCCCGCGCCAGUUCACAAUUAACAAGGAGGGGACGCUCGUGGCCGUUGCGCUGCAGGCGGACAGCAGGGUGGCGGUCAUCGGGAGGGAUGUCAAGACGGGGGAGUUGGGGGGCGUUAUUGCCGCGGCGGUCGUGAAGGGCGGUGUUACGGCUGUUAUUUUCGACGAGUAG